AUGAAUGAAGAUCGAACAAUAUUGUUUAGAUUAUCAACCUUAGGUAAACCAGUUAACAAUGAUGAUAUCAAUAAUGGUGUUUUAAUUUUACCAUCAACUGCAUUACCCAGGGGUUACAAAAAAGGUGAUGUUUUGUUUACUUUAAGAUUUCAUAUAAAUGCUGCUAGUAAAGUUUCAAAUAAAGGUGUUUUGUAUACAAAUGUUCCAAACAAACCAGAUAUUGAAUAUGAUCGAAAUACACAUUAUAAAUAUCCAAUUGCUACUUCAUUUAACAAAGAUACUGUAAUUGAUAUAAAAAUUUAUCAACCAGGAGUUUACAACUAUUAUAUUGAUUAUAAAGAUGAAGAAUCGGGAGAAACUAAAUUAAGUGAGAAAUAUUAUUUUAAUGUACCUCCAAAUUUGACUAUAAAUGAUGAAUUUAUCCCUUUUAACGCUAUUAAUAUCGAAACUGUUGUUUCUAAAUGGAUUGGACCUUUUGAAAAUUGGGACAAGUUUUUCAAAUUGGUGCUGUCAAAAGGUUAUAAUAUGAUCCAUUUCACUCCAUUACAAGAAAGAGGUGAAUCUGAUUCUCCGUAUUCAAUUUAUGAUCAAUUGAGAAUUGAUCCUACCAUAUUUAAAAUCAAUGAUGAAGCAACAGAAAAGAUACAUAGUGUAUUGAAAAAGAACAAUUUAUUAUCAUUAACUGAUGUUGUUUGGAAUCACACUGCUAAUAAUUCAAAAUGGUUAGAAGAUGCCCCAAAUUCGGGUUACAAUCAAGAUACUGCUCCUCAUUUAAUAGCUGCAAUUGAACUAGAUGAAGCAUUAUUAAAGUUUUCAGACAGAUUAGAGGAGCUCAAAUUACCUACGGAAAUUAAAAGUGAAAGUGAUUUAAGUAAAAUUAUAAAUGGUAUAGAAAAUCAUGUCAUCAAUGAAUUAAAAUUAUGGGAAUUCUACGUUUAUAAUAAAAGAGAAACCAUUGAUGAAUUGGAGAAAGAAUUUAACAAUCAUAAAGUGGAGAAAAAAGAAGUUUCAAACUUAGAUAUUAAAGAAUUGGCUAAACGAAUUGCAAAACCUCCAAUUAUUGGUCAUAGAUUUGAAAAUAAAAUUGAUAUAAAAGAAUUUUUAGCCAUUUUGCUAAACUUUGGAGAUGAUUUAAAUGUAAUUAUUGAAAAAGCACAAAAAAUUAUUGAUGAAAUUAAUGUUGAUUUAUAUGCUGCUUAUGAUGAUGAUAUUAAAUCCAUUGAAAAACAAGUUGGUGAUAGAAUUAAAUAUUUAAGAUUAGCUGAUAAUGGACCAAAAUUAGGUCCAAUCACCAAGAAAUCACCAUUAACUGAACCUUAUUUCACAAGAUUUAUUGAUAAAUCAGGAAAGAAACAAGCAUUAGCUAAUAAUGGUUGGAUUUGGGGUGGUAAUCCACUUGUUGAUUUUGCAAGUAAUAAAUCAAAAGCUUAUUUAAGAAGAGAAGUUAUUGUUUGGGGUGAUUGUGUUAAAUUAAGAUAUGGUGAUAAAUAUGAAGAUGCACCUGAAACUUGGGAUAGAAUGAUUGAAUAUACUAAAGAGUCAGCAAAAGUUUUCAAUGGGUUUAGAAUUGAUAAUUGUCAUUCAACUCCUUUACAUGUUGGUGAAAGAUUAUUAGAUGAAGCAAGAAAGAUUAAUCCAAAUUUAUAUGUGAUUGCAGAAUUAUUUUCGGGUUCUGAAGAAAUGGAUAAGAUUUUUGUUGAAAGAUUAGGUAUAAAUUCAUUAAUUAGAGAAGCUAUGCAAGCUUGGAACACAGGUGAAUUAUCAAGAUUAGUUCAUAAACAUGGUGGUAGACCAAUUGGUUCAUUAACUUGGUUACCAUUGGAUGAUUUUUCUUAUCCAGCAGAUGAAGAAGCAACUAGAAAAUUUGGUGGUUAUACCGAAUUAGAUAUACCAAAAGUUUUAAUCAGACAACAACCACAUGCUAUAUUUUUUGAUUGUACUCAUGAUAACGAAAUGCCAAAUCAAAAAAGAACUGUUGAAGAUACUUUGCCAAAUGCUGCUUUAGUUGCAUUUUGCUCUUCUGCUAUUGGUUCUGUUUUUGGAUAUGAUGAAUGUUUUCCAUACUUGUUAAAUGUCGUUAAUGAAAAAAGACAAUAUGAAAUAACUGAAAAUGGUAUUGGUAAAGUAAAGCAAAAAUUGUAUAAGAUUAGAGAAGAUUUAUCAAGAGAAAGUGAAGAUAUUUUAAGAGAUCAUGAAAUGUAUAUUCAUCAUGAAGGUCAAUACAUUACUAUUCAAAGAUAUAAUGCUAGAACUGGUAAAGGUUGGUUUUUAAUUGCAAGAACUAAAUUUAAUCAAGAAGGUCCACAAAUAUUAUCACCAUGUGUUUUAUCAGGUACUGAAGUUAAACAUGAAUUUUCUUAUAAAUUAGUUCAAACUGGAGAUUAUGAUUCUUCAAAUGAUAAAACAUUGACUGGUAUUCCUGUAAAAGUUGAAGAAUUGGAGCCACCAAUUGUUGAAUACAAUGAUGGUGAAUCAGUAAUCAAAAUUAAUGAAAGUUUUGUACCAGGAGCUAUAUCCGUGUUCUCAAUAAAAAUUCCAGGUGUUGAUAUUUCGAUUGAUGAUUAUGUUAAAGAAGGUGCAAUUGAAGCUUCAAAAGAUUUAGAUUUGUACGAUUUAAAUGCUGUAUUAUACAAAGCUACGCCAGAAGAGUUAGAUGCAAGUGGUGGUAAAGAAGAUACUUAUGACAUUCCAAAUUAUGGCAAACUUGUAUAUGCUGGUUUAGAAGGCUGGAAUACUGCCUUGAAAAAUGUUGUUUGGGCAAACAAUUUAGGUCAUCCAAUUUGUAAUCAUUUAAGAGAUGGUGAAUGGGCAUUGGAUUAUAUUGUCAAUAGAUUAGAUAGAUAUGAAUCUAAGGGUAUUAGAAAAUUUCAAUCAUGGUUGAGAUCAAGAUUUGAUAAAAUUAGAAAAGUUCCAUACUUUUUGAGACCACAUUAUUUUGCAUUAAUUGUUGGUAUUGCUUACGAAGCUGCAAGAUUUAGAGCUUUAAGAUUAUUUGAUAAAGAAAUUCAAACAUCGACCAAUUUUGUUCAAAGUUUAGCAUUGACUUCAAUUCAAAUGUGUGGUUACAUGAAUAAUACAAGUUUAUUACCAGAUAAAUCAGUUCCAUGUUUAGCAGCAGGUUUACCCCAUUUUUCAAACGAUUAUAUGAGAUGUUGGGGUAGAGAUGUUUUCAUUUCAUUUAGAGGUUUAUUGAUAGUUCCUGGUAGAUUUAAAGAUGCAAAGGAGCACAUUUUAGGUUUUGCUAAAACUUUAAAACAUGGAUUAAUUCCAAAUUUAUUGGAUGCUGGUAGAAAUCCUAGAUAUAAUGCAAGAGAUGCUGUUUGGUUUUUCUUGCAAGCUAUUCAAGAAUAUGUUACAUAUGUGCCAAAUGGUAUUAAUAUAUUGGAUGAAAAAGUUAGUAGAAGAUUUCCAAAAGAUGAUACUUAUAUCGAUUAUAAAGAUGCAUUUACAUAUAUGAGUUCAAUUAAGGAUAUAAUUUAUGAAAUUUUUCAACGUCAUGCAAAAGGUAUUAAAUAUAGAGAAGCAAAUGCAGGUCCUAAUUUAGAUUCACAAAUGAAAGAUGAAGGAUUUAAUGUUGAAAUUUAUAUUGAUUGGAACACUGGUUUUGUUCAUGGAGGUAAUGAAUGGAAUUGUGGUACUUGGAUGGAUAAAAUGGGUGAAAGUGAAAAAGCUGGAAAUAAAGGUUAUCCAGGUACUCCAAGAAAUGGAGCACCUAUUGAAUUACAAGGUUUAUUAAAAAGUGCAUUGAGAUUUGUUAAUAAAUUGAGUAAAGAUGGUCUUUUCUAUGACAGUGUUGAAAAAGAAGAUGGUAAAAUUACAUUUAAAGAAUGGGAAAAAUUAAUUCAAGAUAAUUUUGAAAAACAUCAUUAUAUUCCAUUAGAUCCAAAAGAUGAUGAUAAAUAUAUUAUCCAAAAAGAUUGUGUUAACAGAAGGGGUAUUUAUAAAGAUUUAACAAACACCACUAAAAAAUACGAAGAAUAUCAAUUACGAGCAAAUUUCCCAAUAGCCAUGGUUGUUGCACCCGAAUUAUUUACCAAGGAAAAAGCAAUAAAAUGUCUUGAGAUUGCUGAUAAAAUUAUUAGAGGUCCAUUAGGUAUAGCCACAUUAGAUCCAAGUGAUUAUAAUUAUCGUCCAUAUUAUAAUAACUCAAUUGAUAAUGAUGAUUUUGCAACUUCAAAAGGUAGAAAUUAUCAUCAAGGUCCAGAAUGGUUAUGGCCAACAGGUUAUUUUUUAAGAGCUUUAUUAUAUUUCCAUAAAGAUAAUGAAGAAACUGCAUUAGUUAAAAUUAAUUCAAGAUUAGAUAAUUUAAAAGAAGAAAUAAAGAAAAGUCCAUGGGCUGGAUUAACAGAAUUAACUAAUAAAGAUGGGGAGUUAUGCAGUGACUCGAGUCCAACACAAGCUUGGUCUUCAUCUUGUUUAUUAGAUUUGUAUUUUGAUGUUUAUAGAGAAUAG